GGCUGAAGGUGACGGUGGAGGAAAGAUGAAUGAUGACUCCGUAAGAAACAGAAGAUCUCAUUGAAGCUAAUAUGCAAGUAUUGAUGCCAGCUUGCUGACCACAAAGACAACUUGAUGGGGGAAUUGCUUUUCAAAAUAUUCUGAAAAUGUACAGUGUUGCAGUUCAUUUAUUCCACUGAAAUAACCAUAGAAAUAAAUUUUGGAAUGACUAUAUUUGAAACUUGUUGAUCUUCACAAAAAGGGCCAUUUCCCAAGCACUCACCGUGGAAGGAAUACAAAAGAUGCCAUCUAUCACCAGAACUUCAGGUGAGAACGGGAAUGCCAACGAGGCGAAGAAGCGCUGCGAGGAGAUGGAGCCGCCGCUAGCGUCCCCGGGGAAAGUCGCCAGCGGGGAAUCGGCGGAGAGAAGCAGCAGCAGCGAGCAGCCCGCCGCGAUGGAAGGGCGCGUUGCCGCCGAGCAAGAGAACGGGGGCAGCGCAGAGGAGCCGAGCGCGGCGCAGCUCCCCUUGCAGGCGCCCUGCGGCCUCAGCUCUUCCCUGUGCUUCAGCUCGCCCGGCAGCGGAGACAAAGCCACGCCACCGGAGCCCGACGCCGCCGCCUCCUCCUCCUCGUCGUCCUCUUGCAGCAGCAGCAGCAGCAACUGCCGCGUGGUGCAGAGCCAGUGGGAGAUCAACAACGCGGCGUCGGAAGAGGAGGAGAGCGGCAGCAGGCAGGCGGCCCCGACGGGCGUUUGCGGGCAGCAGCCGUCGCCACCGCUGGAUGUGUGCGCCGCGCAGGUCACGGAGGAGCCGGACCUGGUGAUCGAGGUGUCCGGGCGCCGGAUCCAGGCCCACAAGGCGGUGCUGGCGGCCAAGAGCGACUAUUUCCGCGCGCGCGCCUCGCGGGACAUCCUUCGCGUCAAGGGGGUGAGCUACGGGGCGCUGGGCCAGCUGCUGGAGUACAUGUACACGGGGCGCAUGGGCGAGGUGCGCCCCGACAACCUGGCCGAAGUGGUGAGCGGCGCCCGCGUACUCCAGAUGCCCCGCGCCUUGCAGUGCGCCGCCGAGGCCAUGAGGGCGCAGCUCCGCCUGGACAACUGCUUCCAGCUCCUGAGCCUGGCCAAGAAGCAGCGGCUGGCCGAGCUGCGGGAGGCCACCUACCGCUUCAUGAGCGACCACUACCUGCAGGUGCUGCGCGAGCCCGCCGUCUACGGCCGCCUCACCGGCGCCGAGAGGGACCUGAUCCUGCAGCGCCGCCUGGAGGCCGGCAAGCCCUGCCUGCUGGUGGCCGAGGUGAGCGACGCCUUCGAGAGGCUCAGCGGCGGCAGCCGCCCGCAGAGCCGCGAGAGCAGCCGCCCGCAGAGCCCCUCCUCCGUGGUCUCCUUGGACGAGAGCAGCUAUCUCCUCCACAGCUACCAUGAGGCGGCCAAGGAGUGGAGGGUACUGACCCGUCUGCCCGACGAGGCCAACACCAAGGGGUGCGCCAUGUGCGUCCUCUACAACUACCUUUUCCUGGCUGGAGGCAUCUCCACAGCGCCAGGCGACCAGCGGGCGAGGCUCUCGGACAAGGUCUUUUGCUACAACCCCUUGACUGACACCUGGAGUCAGGUGAAGCCCAUGGGGCAGCCUCGCUCACAGCUCAAACUCCUGGCCCUAGACGGCUGUCUUUAUGCCGUGGGGGGCGAGUGCCUCUUCACAGUGGAGAAAUAUGACCCCCGGGCAGAUCGGUGGAAUCCAGUGGCCCCUUUGCCUAAAGGUGCUUUUGCUGUGGCUCAUGAAGCCACCACCUGCAGUGGGGAGAUCUAUGUGUCCGGUGGAUCCCUCUUCUACCGUUUGCUGAAAUAUGACCCCAAGCGGGAUGAGUGGCAGGAGUGUCCUUACAACAGCAGCCGCCGACGCUCUGCUGACAUGGUGGCCUACAAAAACUUCAUCUACCGGUUUGAUGUCAGUGGUGGUCGUGGGGAGCAGGGGCAGGCUGGGGGGGUGGAAGUCUUCCGGUACAAUACAGUGGCCAAGCACUGGAGUCAGUGUGCCUCCUUGCGCCCCAGCGGCAGCCCUGUCCAGCCAUUCCGCUGCGCUGCCUUGGGCAGCACCAUCUUCUGUGUCAACCGGACUGGAAUGCUGUGCUUUAACCUGUCCCAGAAUGGUGAGGUGGAAGCAGAUGGUGGAUUGAAAGGCACCUUUGACACAGAACUGUUCAAAGCCCCGUUUGAUGCUAAAGGGGUCCUCCUCCCAUUUGUGCUUACUCUGCCAGAGAGAGAGAAAACAUUGGAACCGGAGAGCCCGCUGGCAUUGUAAGAAGUGGCCCUUCCGAUACACAGGUCAUGCUAGGGCCCAGUCCUGUUUAUGGAUGUCAGUAGUGCAGGAACGCCACCGAGGGAAAGAUCAGAGAGGGUGAAUGUGGUGUUCUCCAAAAUUCAGGGUAGUGAUGGAGUGGGCAGAAGGGCUAUACAGGCAGCUGAGUGAAAAGUCAUCUCUGUGUUACUUAAUACUUUUGUAGCUACAGAGGCUAACUGAAGACCACUGUUAGAUGUCCUUAAUUCACACAAUGCAUGCCCAGCAAUGGAGGCUUAUGUAGUGUCCCACCUAAAGUGUUGACCAGCUGGCUGCAACUGUUCUAAGCUUCCUAGCAUACUUAAUGUAGAAAAGAAGUCACCUCUUGACACUUAUAGAACCAGUCAGUGAAAAGCUGCUAAAAUAGAGUUAUUGUUGAGCAAUGUCUGUGCUACUUU